AUGGGUCUAGCUGAAAAUUGGAUUAAACUCAUAAACCAAUGUGUUUCCACAGUCUCUUAUUUUGUUAUUUUAAAUGGUAGUCCUACUGGCUUUUUCCAACCAGAAAGAGGAUUAAGGCAAAGAGACCAUCUAUCCCCAUAUCUCUAUAUCAUAUGUUCUGAGGCUCUUUCCUCUUAUAUAGAUAAUAUUCAAAGGAAAGGUACCCUCAAACGUUUUAAAAAUGCCCCUGAGAUGACUCAUCUCCUGUUUUCUGAUGAUUCUCUCCUGUUUACUUCUGCUACCAUAGAGAAUUUCACUGCUAUAAAAGACUACCUCCAAAAAGAUUUAGGGGAUAAAUAUAUUGGAACUCCAACUGUGUUCCAGGAUUCAAAUAUCCAAACCCAUAUGGGUAUUCUCCAAGCUGUGGAUGCCAGAAUUACUAUCUGGUUACACAAGCUCCUUUGUCAGGCUUCCAGAACUACUCUGGUCAAACACAUUGGUCAAGCCAUUCCUCUCUUUCAGAUGGGUGCUUUCUUAAUCACAAAACAUCUCUGUAGACAGAUGGAUGCUCACCUUUGUAAAUUCUGGUGGGCAGAGACCCUAGACCCAAAAGAUAAGAAGCUCCAUCUUUUGGGUUGGGAUACCUUUGCUCUCCUAAAUCUGAAGGUGGUUUGGGAUUUAGAAAGGCUGAAAUAA